GUCGAACCAAGUCUUCCUCCCCCCCACCCCCCGUUAGGCAAAUGGACGCGUUGAGCGGCAACCGGAGCGUAUAAAUGGGACGGAGAGCCGACGACAGGCGGUAAUGCUGCGCCGGGUGCGGCAGUCUCUCCGGCAGGUGCUGUUUCUGAUGGCCCGGAGACCGGACCUUCUCUGCGGGGCUAUCGUGCUCGGCGUCCUGCUCAUACUGGCUGUCAAGUUCACAUGCAGUCGUGCUAAGAAUGUGGUGGUACCAGCUCGGCCUCCGGUGCGGUUCUUUUCUGCCGAUGCCCCAGUCGUGGACCUUUACUUGGGUCAGCUAGACCAGGUGGAGCGUCUCAGGAGCGUGGCCGAAGUGUCUCUUAUUUUCUUCUAUGCACCGUGGUGUGCUCACUCUAUGGCCGCCAGGCAAGAGGUGCAGCAGGUGGCUAAGAAGCUGGCCAAACAGGUGCAGUUUGUGGCUGUUAACUGCUGGUGGAGUCAGGGGAAAUGCAGGAGGUUGAACCGCUUCUAUCAGUACCCCAUCAUCCAUCUGUUUUAUAUGAGGUUUGGGCCAAUAGAGUACAAAGGUCCGUUUGUGGCUCCAUAUGUGGAAAGUUUCAUCCUGAGAGUCAUCACACCGCUGACUUACCUCCCAUCAAGAGCGCAGCUGGAGGAGUUUCUCUCUUAUCACGAGUCUCGAGUCGUGGGUUUCUUCCAGUUUAACUCCUCUCCUCAGCCUCCGGGGUACAUCACAUAUCUGGCCUCUGCCCUGCAGGCCCUGAAAAGGGAUUUCCGUGGUGUAGUACGUUUUGGGGUUGUGACCAACAAGCAGGUGGCAGAGGCCAUCCCACUGAGAGAAGAUGAAACCAUUUACCUCCACAGAAGAUUUAACUCCUCUUUGAUAUUCCCUAGAAGAGAACGUAACUUCACAUCAGGCGCCAUCUGUAGUUGGGUGUUUGAAAACCACGAGACCGUCCUCCAGUGGCUGCAGCCUCCAGGAACAAAGUCCCGCCUGCUGGAACAGGAGCUGACUAAAGGCCCUGCACUGCUGCUGUUCCUGCCACACAAUCCACUGGGCUCCAAGCCCAGCGCCCUACUACAGCAGGUUGCAGACAUUGCUGUGCGUUAUCAUUCCUGCGACAACAGUAACCACUCGACCUUGGAUGGGUUCACUUCCCACUCACUGUGCUGCCAGUCAGUCGCUCUCCCCGAGUCCAGUACCAGUGUGUGCGAGGUGUGCCUCAGCUCAUCGUGGCCCAGCCUCACCGCCUCGCCUCUUCGCUGCUCGUUCCCUUCCACCGCUCAGGGAGGGGACGUGUUUCAGAGUUAUCUCAGACACUGCUGCCUCCACCGACUACUUUCCCCCAUCUCCAUCAAUACUGCAACCUCAAUGGGCUGUAGCAACUUUCUGAACAGCUACAGCCCGUUUAGUCAAUACAGUGCCUGCUGCAGAAAAGUAGAACCUCAACUCAAUGAGUCACAAGCCAAAGAGGAGCCAGAGAUGCAACGAGUUCCCCUCACGCCUCCUUCUACCCCGAUCCCUCCGUCCUCUGCCCCUGAGCAGGAGGGAGACGGCAUCACAGGACUCCGGUGUCAGACCAACAGGACACUCAGGUUUUACGUGCUGGACGUUGCUCUGAACUGGCCUCUGGCUGUGAGGCUCGGAGCAUCCGUCAACACAAGUGCUUCUCUUCACCAGGAGGCUGGUGCACAGCUCGAUGGAAGCGGUGACGGGUCAUUUGCAGCUAUUGUGAACCUGAAGGAUGAGGUUCAUUAUGUUCUUCACCGCAGCCCAGCAGCCACACUGACAGAGUCUCUGGAGGCCUUCAUCAGGAACUUCAGCGCCCCGUACAGUGUCCUGCAGAGACACUUGGUUGGAGAGGACAGGAGGGGAGGCGAUGAGGCGGCCAAGCGUCCACACCAACACCAGCACUCACCUCCACGCCUCCUCAUCACAGAACUGACCACUUCCACCUUCCUGCCGUCCGUCAUGGACAUUCAGAAGGAUGUGCUGCUGUUCUACUACACUCAGUGGUGUGGCUUCUGCUCUGUUCUCAACCACAUCGUCAUCCAGCUGGCCAGAUUAUUACAGGGAAACAGCACCAUCACCGUGGCCAGGGUAAAUGUUGCACGUAAUGACCUUCCUUGGGAGUUCAUGGUGGAUCAUGUUCCCUCAAUUCUUCUCUUUCCCAAGUACAGAAAACAUCUCAGCGUGAAGUUUCCUGAUGACCUUCCCAUCACGCUGCCCAACCUCCUCCGCUUCAUCCUGCAGCACUCCGGCUCUGUGCAUUAUGCCGACAAACCAUCUGUCGAGGCCGAGAGUCCGGGACUCAGCGCCGUCCUCCGUGCAGAGUUUCUGACACUGCAGCACGAAGUCCAAGCGCUGCAUCACGCCCGCGAACGUCUCUCCCAACAGCUGUCGCAGCUCUGGCGCGACAACCGGCGGCUGGCGUUCGACGCUCGCAGCCUGGAAGCGGAGAACGAGGAGCUGCAGCGAGAGAGGCAGAGUUUAGAGGAGCAGCACCGGGAGAAAAGCCGGCAGCUCGGGGAGGCGGUGAGGCGGCUGCAGGAGCUGGCAGACACUUCUGAGAACCUGCUGAAUGAGAACACACUGCUCAGGGUCCUGCUGAGGGCGCUGAAGGACAGGACAGAGGCCAGAGAGCAGGCCGAGGUGGAGAGAAAAGAGGCAGAGCAGAAAAGAAGCCAUAUGGCCUCCUGAGCACGGGUCUGCAGGGAAUCCUGAGAAUGACACAUAGGAGAGGAGGAGAGAGGAAACUGGGCCAGGAAAUGAAGGAAGGGCUGAACUGAAAGAGGGAAAAAAAAAACAACCUGUGAUGAGACCUGAGAGGUGGUGAAACAGGAGGAAAAGGAAGUUGUAAUGAGGUGAAACCCCAAAAGGCAACGACCCAGUAUACUUCCUCAUGAGAGGCAAAUGAGGACGAGAUGGCAGAUAAAAGGCUGCUGCUCAGUCAGGACUCUAAGUCACGAUGAAUACGCAGCGAAGGGAAUCUGCAGAGUCAGAAUCCUCCAAAGUGCUGUGAUGAUGUGAGCUUAUUCAAUCUUAGAAAACACACUAGUUUGGGAAUUUAGUACCAAGUUUCAAAUUCAAACUUCUCAGUUCUGAUGCUGCGCUUGCAAAGAUUUAAUUUUUUAGUGUGAAGGAAACCUACGACACAGACCCUGCAGCCAAACUGUUAUUUACUGUAAACUCAGAAGGCACAAACUAAUACAGGCCGAAUUAUAGGACCACGGUGAUCAGUUUAAAUCACCUGUAGCCUGCGACAAAGGCUGGUUCAUUCAGCAUAAUGUCCAUUUAUGCAGAGCUUUGUUAUAUUCACUGCUCUGUCCACACUCCUGAUUGGGUUCUUCCAUCUCAAAUCAUCAGGGGCCUUUCUGCUCAACCAGCUGAUCUGCUUUAAACUGUGGACAUUAAAAAAAGGUAUUUGUGAAAUAUUAGAUAUUUUAAAUACUUUCCAAGACUGUUUGAUCUACUUGCAAGUAGUCAGGCUUUUGUCAUUAACACUUAAACAUAUUAGUGCCACACAUUUAAUGCGUGAAAAAAACAUGCUACAAGUGGGUCUACAUGGAAUUCUUUUUUUUUUUUUCUUCUUCUUGGAAAGUAGUUGAUGUAUCAAGCUACAUUUCUCAAAUGCCUUUAUUAAAAUGAGUAUUUUAUGUUCUAAAAUUUUCUCGCAACUCAGAGAUGGUCGAGCAGAAAUUGUUCUUUAAAAAAUGCGAUUUCAGAUGGAACGACCGAAUGCGCGUUGUUUCACAUGAAAACUGUCUGGUGGAGCGAGUGCUGAUAAAAUGGACGUUCUAAUCUUCUAUCAGUAUUUGAACACGGAGGAAGUUUUGCAGGAACUUAGGAACAAGCGAAACCAGAAAUAAAGGCCUGGUUCUCUCUAACCGUGAGCUAAAUGAAGGCCCUGGACACAGAAUAGAGAAUAGAGAGUGUUGUUUAUUUGUUUGUUUGUUUUCUUAGCUAACUUCAUGGAAACUUUCCUCAUAAUUUUAUGAAGAUCAGCUGGUGUUUUGCUGAUUUCAACACAUUAUCGAUCCACCUGGUAACGGACAGCGUUGGGCUGCGUAUUAAUUGAAUUUGUACCAUUUGUACCUUCCAGCUACGUUGGAAAACCUCGUAUGAUUAGACACAGCAGUUAUACUUAAAAACACAUCUCCUCGUUUUUCACUCGUACUUUAAGUGUUAUGAGCAGACACUGUCUCCCUACCUAUCUGUAACUGCUUUCGUCUUGUAAUAUCACGAGCUGUUGUCUUUGGAAAUGACGAGUAAAGCGUCCACGAAAUUAGCUGUGAAAUAUGAAACCCAGAAAAUAAAGCAUUUCUUUCAGUCGUCUUUAAACUGAGUUCUAGUGACGCAGACUUUGGCUGCAGGGUCGGAGGGCGACUAAUGAAGCUGAGAAGUUAUUUAAAUCUGAAGACGUCACAAACGUUCAUUUGACGUUCAGGUGAGCUUAAAGCACUUAAAUUAAUCAACAAGUUUUGUGUUGUUUUUUUUUUUUUGAAGGGGAUAUAGUUGUUUUGUUAAACUGAUCUAUUUUUACAGGAAUCGUCGAGUCACUAAAAUAUUUCUAUGUAACUCUUCAGGUAUUAAGAAUGAGAUGCUGCAAUUGUUUACAUGUGAAAUAUUGCACCGGUUUUUACUGAUUAAAAAUCUUUCAUCUUAUUGUA